CAAAAGGCGAACAUACCUAGCUGGUUUCAAAAUGCAUUUAACUGAAAUCGUGGUGGAAGAAUUGAAUUAGUAAAAAGAAAAAUGGACAGAUUUGUUGUACGAAAAGACGUCCCGACAGGUGCAAAUACAGAGACGGACAGUGGCAGUGAGAGCAGCUCGAGCGACGAACGGAAGCCUGAGACCAGGAGGAAGUUUCGGACGGAGUGGCUGGCCACAUUUUCUUGGCUUAGGAACAAAAAUGGCGAGUGCUAUUGUAUCGCCUGCGAUACUAAUUUGGUAAGCCACUACAGUCACCUCAAAUAUCACGGGUCUUUAAAAAAGCAUUUGCGAAAUGUUGCGAAGAAAAAAAAUAAAAUACAAAUUAAACAAUGUUUAAAAACGGAUCAGGCCAGCUUUAAAAAGAAGGUUUACCAUGCCGAACUAAAUCUGACUAUGUUUUGCAUACAGCACAAUUUAUCUUUUUUGUUAAUGGACUUUUUGCCUCAAUUGCUAAGUGAAUACUGUCCGGAUUCUAAAAUAGCAGCGGCUCUUAAAUGCGGCAGAACAAAAUCAAAGGUGUUGACUGAUGUCUUGGGAGCUAAGGCAAAAGAAAACAUUGUGUCCGUUCUUCAAACAACAAAAUUUUCUUGUAUCAUCGACGAAACGACGGACGUCAGCCGUAAAAAAUCGCUAGUUAUUGUU